AUGACAGAUUCUUCGUCCAAAUCGUCAACGGACCCAUCGAUGGCCGUUGACGCGCACACAAGCUCGAAACAAGCGAACAAUGCCCUUCUUCCCUCCCAUAGUAGCGACGACGACGAACAAGAUGGCUUCCAAAAUGAUCAACAAGACCAUCUGGACAUGCAGCGUCUUGGUAAAAAGCAGCAAUUCAAACGUACUUUCUCGCUCUGGUCUUCAAUCGGUUUCGUGGCAAUUUACAUGGCUACAUGGGAAUUUGUCCUGAUUUCGCUUGCGCCCGGCUUUACGAAUGGAGGUUAUGCGGGCGUGUUUUGGUGCUUUGUUACGACUACCACGGCCUAUUCUGCUGUUGUGGCGAGUUUGGCAGAGAUGGCUUCUAUGGCGCCUACUUCUGGUGGUCAAUAUCACUGGGUCAGUGAAUUCUCGCCUCCAAAGUACCAAAAGGUCCUCUCAUAUGCAUCUGGCUGGAUGACAACUCUUGGCUGGCUCGCUAGUUUCGCAAGUAGUUGUUACACAAUCGCAUUCCAAGUGCAAGCCUGUAUCAACGUGACAAACCCAGACUUUGCCUUCACACCGUGGCAAAUCGCGCUCAUUAUGUGGGCUGUCAUCCUCAUCACCAUCGCCUUCAACACCUGGGGCACAGCCUUUUUCCCGCAGCUCGAAACAGCCAGUCUAAUCGGCCAUAUCCUCGGGUUCUUCGCAGUCAUGAUUCCUCUCUGGGUUCUCUGUGAUAAGAACUCCGCGGAUGACAUUUUUCUCCAGUUCACCGAUCAGAGCGGAUGGGACAACAUGGGUUUCGCAUACAUUUCUUCUCAAAUCUAUGUUCUGUGGUGCUGUUUUGGAUCAGACAGUAUUGUUCAUUUGUCCGAGGAAGUCAAAAAUGCGUCAAUUAUCGUACCCAGAGCUAUUUGGUGGUCAUAUGUCGGUAAUGUUUUUUUCGGCUUCAUCAUGCUCAUCACCAUGCUUUUCUGCAUCGGACCUUUAGAUCCAGUGAUUGAGUCGGAUUGGCCUUUCAUCACAUUGUUUGAUCGAACGGGUUCUCAAAGCUUGAAUCUGUUCUUCAACGUCAUCUUGUGGCUGUUGGUGUAUCUAGGCAACAUUACUACGCUGGCGACUUGUGCCCGUGAAACAUGGGCUUUUGCUCGCGAUCAAGGACUUCCUGGCUCAAAGUGGAUUGGCCACAUGGACAAGAAAUGGCACAUGCCCUUCAAUGCAGUCUAUCUCAUGUCCAUUGGCGCCGCCCUCCUCAGUUUGAUCCAGAUCGGCUCUGAUGUCGCCUUUACCGUUCUUGUGUCUCUCUCAACCCUUGGUAUCAUGACCACGUAUCUGCUCAGCAUCGGCUGUGUUCUUCUGAAACGCGUCAGAGGCGAAAAGCUUCCUUACGCACGAUGGAGUUUGGGGCGAUUUGGACUGGCUAUCAAUGCUUUCUCGGUGCUGUACAGCUUGUUCAUCGUCAUUCUCUGCUGUUUCCCCCUCACUUUACCUGUCGAUACCGCGUCGGCGAAUUGGGCACCUUUGAUCUGGUUUGGCGUCAUCGUGAUUGCUGCGAUCGCCUAUGUGGCACAUGGUAGGAAGGCCUACACUCCUCCUGUUAACUUUGUAGAGGGAUUCAAGAUGCAGGGAGUUGGACUACAGGAGUCUACAUAG